GCCAAAUACGACGUCACGAAUUGCCUCGACCACUAAGAGUAUAAAAGCGACUGUAACUGAGGCUCACUGUUCAUUUUGUGCUUUCCCUGGUUUAGUUCUUCAUCGUUGCUUCCUUCAAAAUCGUAUCAUGGGUAGUCAAAUAGGGACUCUGAGGAGACCUGUAGUGCCCAAGAUUUUGAAUGACCCUAGAACCUCAAAGUGGUACAGCAGAGAAGAACGUUUAGGAGAAGGUGCAUUUGGACAAUGUUUUAAAAUGACAGACAUGGACAGCGGUGAGACCUAUGCUGUGAAAGUUAUUCCACUAAAGUAUGGCCAAAAGCAAUGGGCAUGCAAAGAAGCUGAAAUUUUAAAGAAGAUGCAACACAAACAUGUGGUGGGCAUCUCACACAGUUUUGAGGAUGAGACAAACAUGUAUAUCUUUAUGGAACUAUGUCGUAAGGAGACAUUAAUGAGCAUCAAAAAUGCUCGUGGGACUCUGACCACCCCCGAAGUCCGUUAUUAUAUGCGGCAGCUGAUUUUGGGGUUGAAGUACAUCCACGAACAAGGUUAUGUCCACAGAGACAUCAAAUUAGCGAAUUUGUUCAUAAAUGAGAACAUGGAGAUAAAAAUUGGAGAUUUUGGAUUGGCAACCAAGCAGGACCCAAGGGAUAUACAACUCUGUGGGACAUUCAAUUAUAUUGCUCCAGAAGUGUGGAGAAGGCAGGGACACGGGCCAGAGUCUGAUGUUUGGGCAAUGGGCUGUGUCAUGUACCAGCUUCUGGUUGGCGAAUUGCCAUUUGAUUUCAGUGAUAUAAGCAAAUUAGUUGCUUCUAUCUGGGGAUUGUUGUUCACUUUGCCAAGGAAAGUCCCAAAAUCAGCCAGGAGACUCCUUAAAAAAAUCUUUCAAGUGAAUCCACAGGAUCGACCAACUCUGGAUCAGAUUCUCCAGGAUAAAUUCUUCACUGAGGGCUUCACUCCUGAGGAACUUCCUGCCAGUAGCUGUUAUUCAGUGCCACAGCUAGAAGAAAUACACCAUAUUCAACCAGUUAGCCGUGUCAGGAGGUUCUUCAGGAGGUUGACCCAGUGCUUCAUUCAGAGGAACCGAUCCAGAGUUGAGUCGCCAUAUGUGGAGCACAACAGGGUUCAGGUUGCCCAGCCCGCGGAGACACCCAGCAUCAGACAGGUGGAACGCAGGCCGCUGAUCAUACCGCUAAAGGAAGAGCCAGCAAAGUCUCCCUGCUAAUUUUCUUUAAUUAAAGAAAAGAUAUACUAUACACUGGGUCAACAACAAGGGGCAGCAUGGUGGUGCAGUGGUUAGCACUGUUGCCUCACACCUGUGGGACCCGGGUUCGAGUCUCUAAUGUCGUCUAUUCUAUGAACUGACAUUGGCCUACUCGUCACCACAGCCUCCACAAAGACCUCAACAUCCUCCUCUGUGUUGGACAUUGUCUCAUCUCUCAGUGGGUUUCUGCUCAGUGUGUCAGCCACGGUUAGUUGCUUGCCUGGCAGAUGCACGGCCUUCACAUUGAAACGCAUGAGGCACAUCAACAGACGCUGGCACCUAAGUGGUGCUUUGUGUACACUGUAAAAAAAAGACAUUUUUUUUCAGAAUUUUAGACUGUUUUUGUUAAGAAGUAAAAUCGGUAUACUCAAAUUGCAGUAUAUGUUUGCUAUCUUAUGUUGUGAUAACUAUGAGGUAGUGUAUUUGUUGCCACUGAGGGGCGCUGGUGCCACUAUCAGUGAGAUUUUUUUUAUUAUUACUUGUGUGCGCUGAUUUAAUAAAAGGAAGAAGCGC